GUGUUGCCAUGUAGAAGAUGUGAUCUCGUGACCAACCAUUGUGGCAGCCUGAGAUAACUGAGUUCAGAAAAUUUGUUGAAAAUAUCUGGACGUCUUUGUCCACGACUCUGCUCAGUUUGAAAAUCCGAAAAUGAAGCAACUUGGAGGAUUGUUUGUUUGCUUGUUCAUCGCAUGCAUGGCUUUUGGACAGGUCAAUAGCAAGCUUACGAGAGGUGUGAACGGCGGAGUCGACUGUGCCACGUGUUUUGUGAUCGUGUCGCUGGUGGAGCAGUUGGGGGAGAUCCACAACGAGAGUGUGGUGAAUUCCACGGCCCGGCUGUGCUCUUACCUGCCCGGCAAAUACCAGCAAUUCUGCAAAGAGUUUGUGGACGCGUUCGGGCCCAUCCUUUUCAAACUGAUUGAGGACGAUGCCAACCCUGACAGAGUGUGCGCCUCCCUCGACUUCUGUCGCACCGACCCCGGGCGUCAAAGCUGCCGCGUCUUCAGUCCCCACUCUACUGCCUUCGAGGAGAGCGUGUUGCGUGGCAGAGAUAUUAUUGCUAAGCACGACCAUCACCAUCUGUGGCACUUAGGAAUCAACUUUUGUGAGCUACCUGGAAUAAAAGACAUUUGUUUAAUUCUUGAAAGAGUGUUUAACAACCACGUUCCGAUGGUUGAUUCUGAUGUGGACCUCUUCAGUACCUACCCAACCAUGCGAGGAGCCUCAUGGCGAGGUAAAGACUGUAACGACUUGAACAGCAACAUCUACCCAGGAGCACUACCUAUUGAUGGUGACCAUUUAGAGGACUCAAACUGCAAUGGAAUUUAUGGUACCAAUCCAGGAACUUUGAUUCCCUAUGAGACUGAGCUAUGCGCAGGUUCCCAGCCUCGAGGAAUAGGUGUUGGGGAUUCCAUAAGCGCCCACUUCCAUCUUCCAGAAGAAUGGUUUGAUGCUACAACCAUUUCUGCUGAAGCUUUUAAACAUCUGGACUUCAUCAUUGAAAAUGAAAUUGAUUGGCCAGAAAUGUCAACUGCAUCAGGUCAUGGUUUCAACAAUUGGACCGAAGUUAUCCAGGGUCCUAUAGAUUCUCUGUAUCUUCGUCUGUGGCAAAGAAAUCACUGCAAUCAUAGGGAUUACCAAAACAUUGGUGUCAAUGGUGCAGAUUCAUUUUCAAUGGUCAAACCAAUAAUGGAAAGUCUUGCACGUAAACAGCAAACAGACCAACCACUGGUGGUUAUCUACGCACUGGUUGGGAAUGAUGUCUGCAAUGGACAUACUGAUGAUACAUUUGCUCACAUGACUACUCCAGCACAAAUGAAGGCUAACGUUAUGGAUACCUUGAUCUAUCUUGACAAGAAGUUGCCUUACAACAGCACAGUUUUCCUCGUUGGGCUAGCAGAUGGCCGGGUCUUGUAUGACAGCCUGAAAGAUCACAUUCAUCCCAUUGGUCGAUACUGGAAUAAGUUCACCUACUCUCAGUUUUAUGACUUUUUCAACUGUUUGCAGAUAAGCCCAUGCUCCGGGUGGAUGAACACAAAUGGAACAAUUCGAAACAUGACUACUGAGAGAGCAAACGAACUGUCUCUUGUGCUACAGGAGGUUGCCCAAGAAAACCAAAAGGCUUUUGCACAUUUUCAGCUGUAUUUCAUGACCAAUCCCAUAAACUCAAUCAGUGUUUGGAAUGCUCAGGGUGGACAGACAUGGCAGCUCCUGGAACCAGUAGAUGGUUUCCAUAGUAAUCAGUAUGGCCAAGCGCUUACAGCUCAGGUAACAUGGGAGGAAGCUGAGAAAUUGAUGCCACAAGUGUUUGGACCAGUCAACCCUGCCAAUGAGAAGAUUGCACAGAUCUUUGGCAGCCAGGGUGGUUAUUGAUCCCUGUUCAGGCUGAGAAAAGCUACUGAUGGAAUAAACUCUUCUUGUAGGAUUAAUAUCUUUUUCAAACAAGUGAAGUGUUUUCCAGCGUGCCAAAUUAUUUAUUUCUCUGUUUCUUUGCAACUUGUACAUACACAUUAACAGUGAUUAAAAUCAAACACAAAUGGUUCC